CACUCCCCUCUCUUCAUGUCUCAUUCUCAACCAUCAAACCACAAAACAUCAUCUUCUUCUUCCUCUCUUAACACCACCACUUAACGCACUUGACCUUCACCCACACUUUGAUCUCUCUCAAAUCAUCAUCCAGAAAGCGAGGGAAUAGUGUUGAGAGAUUCUGAUUUAUUUUAAGAUGAUGGCUUGUGGGUUAAGCAAGAGCCUUGGCUUCUCUUCCUCGUUGAAGAAGCAGCAAGGCGUAGUGACCAUCCUUGGUGGCAGCAGCAUUUCAUCUGCACCUUCACUCAGGAGGACUUUCUCCGCUGACUUGUCCUCCAAGAACUGGCUCACGCAGAGCGGGACUCCUCCUAUGAAGAGGAUCUCUUCCUCUGAGAAGCUCCAUAACUUUGGUGCUGACUCAUUGAACUCCCAAGACGAAGAACAAGGAUCAAGAUCUGGGGUUGAUAUAUGGGCUCAGAUUCAAGAAGACAAGAACAAGAAGAAGGAGGAGAUCGAGCCGAGCCAAUCCGAUGUAUGGAGUUCGAUUUUAUCCGACAAGAAGAAGAAGACAGACACGGAGACGGUUCCUCCACCGUACGUUCAUCCUCUGGUGAAACGAGCCAGCUCCUUGAGCGAGAAAAGCCUCGAGAUUUGCACUGAGAGCCUCGGAUCCGAGACGGGUUGCGAAGGCUUCUCUUCUUAUGCAUCGUCGGAGACUGGAGAGGCUGAGGAGAAUCUUGUUCUUGAAGUUACAGUGACCAAAGAAGAAGAAGAAACAGAGUUUGUUGUUGAGGUUGAACAAGAACAAGUCACGGUUCCGAAUCAGACAAGCUGCAUGGAGCUGCCUCGAGGUUCGUUUCCUCCACCGAUUCGUUCUCUCUCGAGCCAGACAGGUUCUGCUCUGCACAUGAAAACUCGUCGUGACAAUGGACGAUUGGUUCUCGAGGCUGUCUCUAUGCCGUCGCACAACAACUUCUCCGCUAAGCGACAAGACGGGCGUCUCCUCCUCACUUUUGCAGAAAUUGACAACAAAGAAGACGAAACUGAUGAGGUUCAGUGGUUCGAUGAAGAAGAAGAAGUGGAGGAAGCACAAGACGAGUGGGCCUACAAGCCCAAUGGGCGUCUAUAUAAGGUGGCACAAAAGCCUAUUGGGCCUAUUACUGUUCAUAGGUUGGCUUGUAAGCCUAUUGGAGUACCGAAGAUAAACUCGAGAUGGCCCGCCACGGAUGAGUUCGAAACUCAAACCAAUAUGUCGACGCCGGUAGUCCACUCUCUGCCACCGAGGCCAAGGGUGGCUCAGCUGGCUCGGUCAAUGAAACCGCUGUCCACAGUGGACGACACCGUGGGAGCUGCUUGCUUCAACACAUGUGAUUACUCUUGGAAGCCCACUAACAAUGAAGUAUUGGGCGGAAACACAAAACCCCAAUUUCAAGCCCAAGACUAUGUCCAGAAAUCAAUGGGUGUGGUGGUUACACAUGAUUUGAUAAAUGGUUGCAAGGAACCAAGGAGGUCUCUUUUGUCUGUUGAGCGUUUCUGCAUUGCCACUUCAUAAGUUGAAUACCCUACCAAAAAGGAGAAAUUUACAAGACGCAUAAGCAUAUAUGAUAUAUCUAUCUAUUUGUAUAUAUAUUCGAGUAUGUAUACUCGAAUAUAUAUGCAUAUCAACCAAAUAAUUGUUGUUGUUGAUGGUUUUUCUACCUCUAUAUGUUUUACCACUUGCCUUUUUGGCUUGUGGGUAAAAAAGAAAAAUAAUAAGUAGGAAAAGAAAGAAAGCGAGGAGUGAAAAUUAGAUAGUAAUUUAUACUUUUUAAAAUGAGGUUAUAUACCUCGUUGGAGUAAGAAAUAUGUAUCAUGAAGUAUUGUACGUACAAACUUUUGUUGUUCA